CAGAGAGACAGACAGACAGAUUCUUUAAAACUUUGAAAUAUUGUGUAUUAUCUCUAUUCAAGCGUCUCCUCCCUCCUCCCUUUGUCUCAGCGGGGGUGUGUCACCAUUUGAUCUCCUGUCUCCUCACAUUUCAGAAUUUCUGAUUUCCUGAACACACCUUCGCACACUGUCUGACUGACGCACGCACACAGACACAACCUGACGCUGCCGAUGAUGCUCUUGAGUAAGACGCAGGUGGAUUCUGUAGGAGCGAGGAAGCGCAACUAAGGUCAGAGGAGAGGAAUCAAUGCGAAGGAGGAUUUUCAAUUUUUGCAGUUUUUUGGGGGGAUUUUAUGAUUGAAGGAUUUACGACAGCACAGGGAUGAUGGAGGGACACUGUGUGAGUCGUCCUCCUUAGGACUCACACACACAUAGAUGAGAAAACCAGAACACGCUCAGAAGCAGGUGCAUUUGAAAAGCAUCAGGAGGAUGUAUAACCUCGGCUUCGAUGGAGGGUGGAGAUGGAAACCUCACUUUCUAGUCAUCCUGAUUUUGCUGCAGGCAGCUGAUCCACCAAAAGCACAUGGAUAUUUCCUGGGCGACACCAAAGCAGUAUUAUCGGGAUGUGAGGACCACUGGACCCUGCAGGACAAGGUCACCAUGCCGAGGAUAUUUCAGAUGACUGUGUGUGUCGACAUCCGUGUGGUUAAGCCCGGAGCCUGGGUGGCUUUCUCCUACAGUUCACCCCACGCACCCAGGCCUGAGCUGGGUCUGGAGGGAGAUGAUGAGGCGCUGUACGGGUGGCUGCUGAGGGUCAGACACAGGUUUCCUAUCCGGCUGUCCCCGAUACACUGGCAUCGAGUGUGUCUGAGGAGAGAUGUGCAACGCAGCUCUUUCAGCCUGGAGGUUGAUGGGGAAUUAGUAGCAGAGAGGACGGUCAUCGCUAAGGCCAUCCCCCCCUCCAGCUCUCUGUGGCUGGGCUGCCGUCCCAGAGAUCGACCCCCGGGAGAAACGCUCGGAACAAUUCAGCUGUACCUGUUCCGGAUGUGGGCGGACGUGGGAAACCAUGGCUUCUGUGAAGACGGCACUGUGAUUGGCUGGAACGCUGAGUACUGGGGCAUUACCAGUCUCAAAGCCAGGCAGAGAGACCCCUUCCUUAUGUGUGACCACAGACGGUUGAGACGUGGGGCACGUGCUAAAAGAAGCAUUACUAAUGCGACAACAGUUGGAUUUGGACGAUUAUUCUCACCUCCAACUGAAGUGCCUUCAACCACAACUACCUCCAGUCUAAUCAUAGCAGCACCUGUCACUCACACGGCUACAGGAUCCUCAUUUCUAAACUGUGACAUCAGCCAACUUUGUUCUAACACAAACGCUUACUUUUGGAUGUUCAUAACUGUGGAGGCCAAUGAGGGCGAUAAAACUGAACAAGACGUCCACAAACUGGUGUCAAGUGCGUUUGGUUGCCCGGUAACAGGUCUAGAAGAUAUCUGUGAAAAUGAUGGACAACUUCAGAUAGCAGAGGUCAACUGUAAGGAAAAAAGCAACAUAAGAGAAACAAACUGCGAUGUGCUGUUACAGCUCAGUCAGGCUGUCUCAGCGUGUGAACUGCAGCUCGCUGGAGUCUCUGCACUGCAGCAAGCUGGAGACGAACAAAUACAAGCAAGAAUCCUAGGAGAGGUGGAGAGAGUCGGCCGAAAUCUUUGUGAGAAUGUGCCACCCUCUAGUGGUGGAUAUAUGCGAUGCACAUCCACAUCUUCUCUGGAACAUAUCUGUCAGGCAAGCAGCCCCCCCAAGGUUACAUGCUCCAUCAUAGAGCCAAACUCUGACCCAGUUCCCCAGACUAAGACCAACUCCUGCAGCAGUGAAGUGCCUCGCUUUUGUGACUGCAACGCUUUCUGUGACACUGAAGGCCAGUUUUAUGCCAUAAGACUAAAUAUUGACAGUGCUGAAAUUGAUAUUAACACCCUAAAACUCCUGUUGUCUGCAGCAAGUAUCACCGCAAUGUGUGCCAAAAUGUCAGGGUCAAUUUGCCAGGAUAUUUCAAACUACUACGAGAGAGCUCAUCUUGAAUGCCAUGGAACACAAGAGAGGUUGUACAGCUGCAUGGUGAUACUGGAGAUGUCUCAACCGGUUGAUGGCUGCUCCCUGAAUAACCUCGUCCAAGAUGUCAUUAACGGAAUGGAUUACAUUACAAACGAGAGGCCACUUACACGCAUGAUGAUUUGUGGUGCUUCUGGACUGACUGUCCGUACCCUGUUGGCAUCCAACUUGACCUGGGUUGCCAGUGACCUGCAGGCCGCUGAUGUCUGCCAACCAGACCCCACUCUGCUUGAAUGUGAGACAAAUGAGAGCCUUGCUGUCCUGCUGACUGACAGCUGCACUCCUGAGCCUCCCACAACCAAGCUAAGCUCAACGUCACCUCCCACUCAGACCAGCAGUUACAACACUACAGCUCCUGGAACCUUACCACCAUCUGUUACCAACACAACUGGACAAUCUCACACAACCGCUGGAAGCACUGCAGCAGUGUCAUGGACAAAUGCAUCACAAGCAACAGAUCAUUCUACCAUGACUACUCCACUCACAGCCAUUAACAGCACACAGUCGUCAACAACACCUGCUCUUGAAACUAGCACACACAACAGCUCACACAGUAAAACAGUGCAAAAUACAACUUUCUCUGGUGACACCACAUUAUUGACAACCACUGACAGUGCAAAACUGCAAAACACAUCCAUAGCAAAUACAAAUAUAACCCCAGUCCACUCAAAAUUACAGAAUACUACACCUGCUUUCGCUGAUUCAAUGCUACACACAACUACAGUUUCUCCAAAUAGUACAGCAGUGAACGAUGUCACUACGACUGGAACAUUAACUCCUUCUCUGAAUGACACAACAGUCAAUGAUCCAACUGCAGCUGACACAUUAACAACUUCUACCAAUCAAACAGAAGUUUACAAUGUAACUGCACCUGUUACGAUAAUUUCUAUACAUGAUUCAAUAGUCCACAAUGUGACCACAAAAGACACAUUUACUACUCAAUCUCAGAAUGAUACAACAAUCCACAGCGCAAAUACAGCAGCCACAAUUACACCUUCUCCAAAUGAUCCUACAAACUACAACGUAACUACGGCUGACACAUUUUCGACUUCCCCAAAUAAAACAACAGUCUACAAUGAAACUACUCCGGACACACUAACACUGUCACCAAAUAGUGCAACAAUCCACAAUGUAACUACAACAGCCAUGUUAACACCUUUUCCAAACGAAACAACAAACUACAAUGUAACCACAGAACCCACAUUUACACGGUCUCCAAAUGAAACAACAAUCAACAACGUAACCACAGAACCCACAUUUUCACUGUCUCCAAAUGACAGAACAAAUAUCAAUGUAAGCGCAGAAGCCACAUUCACACCUCCAAAUGAAACAACCAACUUCAACGUAACUACAGCAGCCACAUUCACACCUCCAAAUGAAACAACAAACUACAACAUAAGCACAGCGCCCACAUUCACACCUCCAAAUGAAACAACAAACUACAACGUAACUACAGCAGCCACAUUCACACCUUCACCAAAUGAAACAACAAACUACAACGUAAGCACAGAACCCACAUUCACACCUUCACCAAAUGAAACAACAAUCAACAACGUAACCACAGAACCCACAUUUUCACUGUCUCCAAAUGACAGAACAAAUAUCAAUGUAAGCGCAGAAGCCACAUUCACACCUCCAAAUGAAACAACCAACUUCAACGUAACUACAGCAGCCACAUUCACACCUCCAAAUGAAACAACAAACUACAACAUAAGCACAGCGCCCACAUUCACACCUCAAAAUGAAACAACAAACUACAACGUAACUACAGCAGCCACAUUCACACCUUCACCAAAUGAAACAACAAACUACAACGUAAGCACAGAACCCACAUUCACACCUUCACCAAAUGAAACAACAAUCAACAACGUAACCACAGAACCCACAUUUUCACUGUCUCCAAAUGACAGAACAAAUAUCAAUGUAAGCGCAGAAGCCACAUUCACACCUCCAAAUGAAACAACCAACUUCAACGUAACUACAGCAGCCACAUUCACACCUUCACCAAAUGAAACAACAAACUACAAUGUAACUACAGCAGCUACAUUCACACCUCCAAAUGGAACAACAAACUACAACAUAACUACAGCAGCCACAUUCACACCUUCACCAAAUGAAACAACAAACUACAAUGUAACGACAGCAGCUACAUUCACACCUCCAAAUGGAACAACAAACUACAACGUAACUACAGAACCCACAUUCACACCUUCACCAAAUGAAACAACAAACUACAAUGUAACUACAGCAGCCACAUUCACACCUUCACCAAAUGAAACAACAAACUACAAUGUAACUACAGCAGCUACAUUCACACCUCCAAAUGGAACAACAAACUACAACGUAACUACAGCAGCCACAUUCACACCUUCUCCAAAUGGAACAACAAACUACAACGUCACUACAGAACCCACAUUUACACCUCCAAAUGAAACAUCAAACUUCAACAUAAGCACAGCGCCCACAUUCACACCUCCAAAUGAAAUAACAAACUACAACCUCACUACAGUAGCCACAUUAACACCUUCUCCAAAUGAAACAACAAACUUCAACGUAAGCACAGCGCCCACAUUAACGCCAUCUCCGAACGAAAGAACAAACUUCAACGUAACUACGGCUGUCACAUUUCCAACUUCCCCAAAUGAAACAACAGUCUACAAUGUAACAACUACUGACACAUCUACACCGUCUCCAAAUGAAACAACACUCUACAAUGGAACUACAACAGACAAUAUACGGAACCUGCACAACAGUACCGUUACUUCUAGUAAUGCAACAGUUAGCACAUUUACACUUUCUCCCAAUCACACAACAGUGCACAAUGUCACUGAGGCUUCCAUCAGUCAAACAACAGCUUCAACCAACAACACAACAGUGUACAAUGUAACUGUGGCAAACGACCGAGCACUGCACAACAGUUCCCUUAUGAGUAAUGUAACAUCUAGCAUAGUCACAUCUACUCCCAAUCCCACAGUUGUGCACAAUGAAAUAUAUCUGACCAUCAAUCAUACAACAGUGUUUAACAAUUACACAACAGAGUACAAUUUAACAGUAACAGGCAACAACAGGAACCUUAACAAUGGUUCAGUUACAACAAGUAACACAACAAUUAGCACAUUUACAACUUCUCCGAAUCACAGUGUAGUGUACAAUGUUACUGCAACUGCAAACAAUGCAACAGUCUCCAAUAAUUACACUACAGAGCAAAACUUAACAAUAGGUGGUGAAAACAGGAACCUCCACAACGAUUCAGCCACUACAAGUAACGCAACAAUUACCCCAUUCACAUCUUCCCCCAAUCACACUGCACUAUACAAUGUAACUACAUCCAGCACAUUAACACCUUUACGAAAUGAUUCAACAGCGUUUAAUGCAACUACAGAGGACAGCGUCCGAUCCCUACAAAAUGGUUCGAAUACAUCAGCUAACUCAACAGUUAGCCCAUUUACAAUUACUCCCAAUACCACAGUAGGGUACAAUGUAACUACAGUCUUCAACAACCACACAACACCUUCAAACAAUAACACAACAGUGUACAACUUGACUACAGAGGACAGCAACAGAACCUUACAAAAUGGUUCGACUACAACAGCUAACUCGACAAUUAGCCCAUUUACAAUUACUCCCAAUACCACAGUAGGGUACAAUGUAACUACAGUCUUCAACAACCACACAACACCUUCAAACAAUAACACAACAGUGUACAACUUGACUACAGAGGACAGCAACAGAACCUUACAAAAUGGUUCGACUACAACAGCUAACUCUACAAUUAGCCCAUUUACAAUUACUCCCAAUACCACAGUAGGGUACAAUGUAACUACAGUCUUCAACAACCACACAACACCUUCAAACAAUAACACAACAGUGUACAACUUGACUACAGAGGACAGCAACAGAACCUUACAAAAUGGUUCGACUACAACAGCUAACUCGACAAUUAGCCCAUUUACAAUUACUCCCAAUACCACAGUAGGGUACAAUGUAACUACAGUCUUCAACAACCACACUACACCUUCAAACAAUAACACAACAGUGUACAACUUGACUACAGAGGACAGCAACAGAUCCUUACAAAAUGGUUCGACUACAACAGCUAACUCGACAAUUAGCCCAUAUACAAUUACUCCCAAUACCACAGUAGGGUACAAUGUAACUACAGUCUUCAACAACCACACAACACCUUCAAACAAUAACACAACAGUGUACAACUUGACUACAGAGGACAGCAACAGAUCCUUACAAAAUGGUUCGACUACAACAGCUAACUCGACAGUUAGCCCAUUUACAAUUACUCCCAAUACCACAGUAGGGUACAAUGUAACUACAGCCUCCAACAACCACACUACACCUUCAAACAAUAACACAACAGUGUACAACUUGACUACAGAGGACAGCAACAGAUCCUUACAAAAUGAUUCGACUACAACAGCUAACUCGACAAUUAGCCCAUUUACAAUUACUCCCAAUACCACAGUAGGGUACAAUGUAACUACGUCCUCUAACAACCACACUACACCUUCAAACAAUAACACAACAGUGUACAACUUGACUACAGAGGACAGCAACAGAUCCUUACAAAAUGGUUCGACUACAACAGCUAACUCGACAAUUAGCCCAUAUACAAUUACUCCCAAUACCACAGUAGGGUACAAUGUAACUACAGCCUUCAACAACCACACAACACCUUCAAACAAUAACACAACAGUGUACAACUUGACUACAGAGGACAGCAACAGAUCCUUACAAAAUGGUUCGACUACAACAGCUAACUCGACAAUUAGCCCAUUUACAAUUACUCCCAAUACCACAGUAGGGUACAAUGUAACUACAGCCUUCAACAACCACACAACACCUUCAAACAAUAACACAACAGUGUACAACUUGACUACAGAGGACAGCAACAGAUCCUUACAAAAUGAUUCGACUACAACAGCUAACUCGACAAUUAGCCCAUUUACAAUUACUCCCAAUACCACAGUAGGGUACAAUGUAACUACAGUCUUCAACAACCACACAACACCUUCAAACAAUAACACAACAGUGUACAACUUGACUACAGAGGACAGCAACAGAUCCUUACAAAAUGGUUCGACUACAACAGCUAACUCGACAGUUAGCCCAUUUACAAUUACUCAUAAUACCACAGUAGGGUACAAUGUAACUACGUCCUCCAACAACCACACUACACCUUCAAACAAUAACACAACAGUGUACAACUUGACUACAGAGGACAGCAACAGAUCCUUACAAAAUGGUUCGACAACAACAGCUAACUCGACAAUUAGCCCAUUUACAAUUACUCCCAAUACCACAGUAGGGUACAAUGUAACUACAGCCUUCAACAACCACACUACACCUUUAAACAAUAACACAACAGUGUACAACUUGACUACAGAGGACAGCAACAGAUCCUUACAAAAUGGUUCAACUACAACAACUAACUCGACAAUUAGCCCAUUUACAAUUACUCCCAAUACCACAGUAGGGUACAAUGUAACUACAGUCUUCAACAACCACACAACACCUUCAAACAAUAACACAACAGUGUACAACUUGACUACAGAGGACAGCAACAGAUCCUUACAAAAUGGUUCGACUACAACAGCUAACUCGACAAUUAGCCCAUUUACAAUUACUCCCAAUACCACAGUAGGGUACAAUGUAACUACAGCCUUCAACAACCACACUACACCUUCAAACAAUAACACAACAGUAUACAACUUGACUACAGAGGACAGCAACAGAUCCUUACAAAACGGUUCAACUACAACAAUGAAUACCACAAUAAACACUUUUACAGCUUCUCCCAAUAUCACUGCAUUGUACAAUGUAACUACAGCCACCAUGAAUCCUACAACAGCUGAGAAUGUAACCACUGCUAAUGUAUUUCACAACCAAACAUCCCCACACAAUGUAACGACUGCACAUAUUGGUGAAAUACAGCAGAACACAACUGUUUCUAAUACAAACAUGACAACCUUUACUGCUGCAAGACAAGGUAAUGAAACUCUGAACAAUGUAACAACAACCCCAACGUCUGUUGUUGUCAACACCACUAAUCCUACGGUGGGAGUGACUAACAACAUCACAACAACCAACAAAACUGAACCCAACUCCACCGCAGCUACCACUGUCACUGUCCUUAAUAAUAACAAUGAAACAACGGGAAUCAGCCUCAACCUGAGUUCAACCGUGAGCAGUUUAAACGCUGACUCCAACCGAACAACCAACAUACCAGGAGUCAAUUUAACGACUACACCAGCUGAACGAGUGUCUACAACCUCUUCCACCACAACGACUACAUCUGCCAGUGGUACACUUCCAGGCCAGAUAAACAAUGCUACUGCAAAGGUUUCCACAACUUCUUCAACUACAACUCUAAAAGCCACUACCCUUACCACCACAACUCUAACAAAUACUGGCACCCAAACUACCACUGUAGACCCCAAUCAAAACCAGGAGGAACAAGCAAACCAGCUUCUGAAUCAAACGCAGAAUGCAUCUCAACUCACCUCCUCUGAAGUGGAACAGUUAGUUGGGCAGUUGGAUAAACUUCUGGAGGGCCCCACUGUGUCUCAAUCAGUGGGACAAAAGGCCAUCAACAUUGUCAGCAACUUGAUGGGGAGCGACUCAGCGGCCCUCUCUGCAUCUGCUAACAGGCUGAUUCGGGUGGUGGAUGAUCUGGGUCUGAAGUUGGUUGUCAGUGGUGACAGAGCGAUCCUCUCUUCGAACUCACUAGUUCUGGCUGUGAGGACUGUUGAUGGGACCAACUUUCCAACAACAUCUGUGAACAUUUUCAACACGGAUAAUGUGGAGCUCCGUGCUCUCCGCAGAUCCCGGGUCAAGAGGUCAGAUUCAGCUCUGGGGUCUGUUUUCCUGCCCUCCUCCCUCACCUCAGGUCUCAGUCCUGAACAACAGCUGCAGGCCAGCAGGGUCCAGUUCACCUUCUACACCCGAUCUACCCUCUUCCAGGAUGCAACAUUAAAUAACCAAACUAUGGUCAGUCCAGUCCUGGGCUCCAGUGUGGCCAAUCUGUCAAUAAGUAAACUGACUGAGAACAUCCAGUUUACCAUCAGAAACAUCAACCCUAUACAUGAAAACCACUCAGCCUCCUGUGUAUUUUGGGACUUCACUCAGAAUGAGGGGAGAGGAGGCUGGAGCUCUGACGGCUGCUUUGUCGUCAACACUUCAGCAGAAGAGACGAUCUGCAGCUGCAACCAUCUCACGUCUUUUGCAAUACUGCUGGAUUUGUCCAGAGACUCAAUAAUAGACCGUCAGCACGCUCAGAUUCUUACAUUCAUCACCUACAUCGGAUGUGGAAUCUCUGCGAUUUUCCUUGCUGUCACCAUACUGACAUAUCUGCUAUUCGAUAAACUGCUCCGAGACAUUCCUGCCAAGAUCCUGGUCCAGCUCUGCAUGUCCCUCCUGCUCCUGAACCUGGUCUUCCUGCUGGAUGGUUGGCUGGCGCUCUACCCGGCCGUCGGCCUGUGCAUCAGCACCGCCUUCUUCCUGCACUACUUCCUACUGACAUCAUUCACUUGGGCGGGGCUUGAGGCCCUGCACAUGUACCUGAGUGUGGUCAAGGUGUUCACUCCUUACCUCAGCAGAUACAUGCUCAAGGUCUCCCUGAUGGGCUGGGGUAUUCCCCUGAUUGUGGUGAUUAUCGUUAUAGCGGUGGACAAAGACAACUACGGCCUCGUCACAUACGGGAGAAACACAGACGGCACGUCAGACGACUUCUGCUGGCUGCGUAACGACAUCGCCUUCUACGUGGGCGUGGUGGCCUACUUCCUCCUGAUCUUUAGUCUGUGCCUGAUUGUCUUCAUCAUGGUCAUGGUUCAGCUCUCCCGGAUAAAGAAGCAGAACCCUCAGAACCAGUCUCCCAGCAGAGGAGUGUUCACGGACCUGCGCAGCAUCGCCGGCCUCGUCAUCCUGCUCGGCCUCACCUGGGGGUUCGCCCUGUUCGCCUGGGGGCCCCUCUACGUACCCUUUGUUUACCUUUUUACUAUAUUUAACACUCUGCAAGGUUUCUUUGUCUUCGUUUUCCACUGUGCUGUAAAAGAAAAUGUCCGCAGGCAGUGGAGAACGUACCUUUGCUGUGGAAGGCUGCGAUUGGCUGAAAACUCAGAAUGGAGUCGGACAGCAACCAAUUACAACAGAAACACGUCGCUUGCAACCGCAUCCAGCACAGCUCCCCACUUCACCUCUCGAAGCUCCUCCGUCGCCAGCGAUGGCACCAACAGCGGUGGUUCUGUGUUUGCUGACAGCGGAAUAUCUGACGGCUCGAGCAGCGACGUCAUGCUCAACGAGAUUCACAGAAGAAAUCUGGCUCUGCAAGCUGUUGAGCAGUGACAACCAUGUCGAGCUUCAAUGGUUACAAUUCUGAUCCAGCCUUAUUACAACUAAAAGGACUGUCUCAUGUAAUACAUGAUCUCCUGCGGUUUGAUACUGAAACACAGGAGAAGAUGCUAACAGGGUCCCAAGAAAAUCCUCUUAAGAAAUGAAGGGUUUUAAAGGUGUAAUGAAGGAAGAGGCAGACUGAAGUAUGUCCAACACGUGCUUCUCUACAUGAGAGGAGAAAAUGUGAUCACAGAAUAAUGUAUGGUACUGUAAGUAUGGAGAAGUUUACAGGAGCCUGUGUUUUAUGACUGAAUGAUGCACUAUUUCACAUCUGCCGUGGCUGAGUGUGGUUGUUUUUUGCAGGUUGUUUAGCUUGUUUCAGAGCUCUGAGAAUUAUUACUGUAUGCCUUAGAUAUGACGAGAACAUUAGUGUGAGUCAGACAAGUUAUGACUUUUUAAAGAUACAAAACUGCAUUUAUUAUGUAACGUUUCAAGGCCUUUUUUUUUUUGUCUCUUUUGUCGACGAACGCGUGGAAAAAAUGAAGAUUUUUCUGCCUUCGUUGACCUUUAACUCUGUUGUUCUGUAAGAGUCACAAUUUGUGAUUUUACAAUCCCCUAUUUCUGGGGUGAGUUUAAAAAAAAAAAACUCAAGGAAGGAAUUCUCUACUCUCACUGUAAAGGAGGUGAAAUGAAGGAAAACGAGCACACGCCAAAACUAUGAUGCUCAAAACCUUUUAUAUAUUUAUUUUUAACAAAUUGAUCAUAUCUGUCACUGUAACAGUAUUUGAGGGUGUAUUCAUCCUUCUUCGUUAGAUAUUGCUUUGUUUGGCAACAGCACAGUUUUGAUAUUAGACUCAGAAUAGUUGCCUCUAUGCUUUUUAGGAGAUGUUUAUUAAGUGUAAAAUAUAUGAAAUACUGGAACAGAUUGAAGAGUAAUGAUUUAUUUCUCGACCUUUUUUAAUAAAUGCUAAAUGCAUGCGCUGAGAGGAGAGCUAAUAAAACUUGAACUCAU